AUGAUGCAGAGUUACAAUGCCAGAUCUAGCUCUAAGAAGGCGCAUAGUGCUUUAGGACCUAAUAUGUUGAUAUUAAACACUUUGAGGGAUCGUGUGCGUGCGCUCGGCGAGAUGAUUUUAGAGAUCACGGAUACUGCAUUAACCGAGGCUGAGGUUCUUUCUCAAAAAAUCGCUUCUUCAGCAAAUGGAAACGCUUAUAUGCCCUUGAACAACCGAAUCUGUAGGAAUGUACUGAACACCGUUGUAAGAUCGAGUCGUAAAAGUGGGAAAAUAGUAGUUUCUGUUUCCAUCGUCAACACACGCGAUUCAAAUUGCCUUCCAGCAGAAAAUAAGCGGUCGGUCGAGUCAACCUCGGGCAGGUCUUCGAUUGCUCAACAAAAGCGGAAGACCAUUACUACCUUACGGAGCGGUGGUUCCCAGGCUCCUGCGAGCAGGGAAGCCUCCUCUGUCGCGCCUCGUCAAACGAACCACUCGGACGACAAACCGUGGCGACAAAAGCCUCCCUCGUUACGUUCGUCUCGCCCCAAAGCAAUCGAAAACCGAGCGAAUUCUGCCCUAAAAGAUGCAACAAAACCUCAACAUGAGGCGAGCGGCACUGGAACCAGGAAAAAAGUGAUGUGGGAUGAGGAAAUCGAACAACUUUUGAAGGAUAAACCUACCGCUGGGAACUACAUGGAACUUAUUCGCCGCAACGAAGUCUCCAAAACAAAGAGUAGCACCGUCCACACGGAUGAAGGCUCGCCCAAGCCCAUCAAUUCGCCUGAUGGAAUCCCUCGCAAUGGGGAUGGCGGUGAAUGUGAGUUGUUUCAAUGCCGCGCUCCUGUUUAUGAUAAGUCCUAUGAGCUUUAUGUGGAUCCCACCCAAACUUCAGUGCCUCAUGAUAACAUCACUGAGGAAGAAAGCACAUUUUAUUCAUGCGGAUUCUCGUCUAUCGAUAGUUAUAAAAAGGGUUCGCAUAGAGGUAAACCCCAAAACGGUACCGGCGGUAAGCCUUUGCCUUCCAGGGGUGCGGUGGAAACACUCUCCGGGGUUUAUCAUCUCCCGGGGGCGAUUCUAUCGGAGGAGGCGAUAUCCAAGGAGGAGAUCAUGGCCCUUCUUCCAGCUCCCGCGCUAAAGGAAGCAGAAGGCGCGUUGGUUUCAUUCAUGGAUCACUCACGGACGUCUUCCUUGCCUUUUCCUUUCGACGCCAGUAAUCCAAACUCGCCGAAUCCGCGCAAUCCACUCGAAGAAGGGCGGGCUCGUAUAAUGCAUUUUGAUUCCUUCCCAGGCAGCCGCAGCGAGAUCCCCCCUCCUUCCUUGGCCGCGUCUUUUGUUCGAGAAUCCAGCCCGCAGAGGUUGCAAAUCCGUCCGGUGCUCCCCGGCGAGCCGUGCUGCGUUCAACUUCUAACGGCGGAUAAAAACACCUCCGAGUCCGUCAAGGAGUACGUGUAG